GAAAGAAAGAUACAUACAAAGAGUGAAUGAAAUAGUUUUUAACUGUGCUUGCUUGCAUAUAUAAAUGCACAUCAUUACCAUCUUCUCCAUUACAAGAAUCCAAAUAGCGAUGGCCAAUACUGAUUCUUCUUCCCCCACCAUUUUCAACGUAAGAAAAACGCCAACCUUCAUCCUCCUUCUUCUUCUCUGCAUCGCCUCCUACUUCCUCGCCGCGUACCACCAAGGAGCGCCCCUCCUCACCACCGCCUCCCUCUACCUCUCCGCAUCGUGCAACCACCUCACUGCCCAGACUUCUAGAACGUUCCCACGCUGCAGCGCCAACUUCAGUGAGUACACGCCCUGCCAGGAUCCUCAUCGGUCUCUAGGGUACAAGCGGCACAGAAUGAUAUACCGAGAGAGGCACUGCCCCGAGGAGCCCUUGAAAUGUAGGGUUCCUGCCCCUCAUGGAUAUCGAAAUCCCUUUCCCUGGCCCGCGAGUAGAGACCGUGCGUGGUUCGCUAACGUCCCCCACCGUGAGCUCACCGUGGAGAAGGCCGUGCAGAACUGGAUCCGCUUCGAGGGCGAGCGCUUCGUUUUUCCCGGUGGCGGAACCACCUUCCCCAACGGCGCCGAUGCCUACAUUGAGGACAUCGGAAAGUUGAUUAAUCUCAGAGACGGCUCCAUUAGAACUGCUCUGGACACUGGUUGUGGGGUGGCUAGUUGGGGAGCGUAUCUUCUCUCGCGCAAUAUACUAACAUUGUCAAUGGCACCAAGGGACACCCACGAAGCACAGGUUCAAUUUGCCCUUGAGCGUGGAGUUCCUGCACUCAUUGGAAUUCUUGCCUCUAAGAGGCUACCUUUCCCUUCAAGAGCUUUUGACAUGUCCCAUUGCUCUCGCUGCCUCAUCCCAUGGGCUGAAUAUGAUGGAGUUUUUCUCAACGAAGUGGAUCGAGUUCUACGCCCUGGUGGGUAUUGGAUUCUGUCUGGGCCACCAAUCAACUGGAAGAAAUACUGGAAAGGGUGGCAAAGAACGGAGAAGGAUUUGAACGAAGAGCAGACCAAAAUUGAGGAGGUAGCCAAAAGCCUUUGCUGGAACAAGCUAGUGGAGAAGGAUGAUAUAGCUAUCUGGCAAAAACCCAAAAAUCAUUUAGAUUGUAAGCUCGCACAAAAGAGGUCUUUUUGCAGUGCACAAAAUGACCCUGACAAAGCCUGGUAUACCGAUAUGCAGACAUGUUUGACUCGUCUUCCUGAAGUUUCAAACAAAGAAGAAACUUCGGGUGGGGUGGUGGAUGAUUGGCCAAAGAGAUUAAAAUCCACCCCACCGAGAAUUUAUAGGGGUACCAUAGAAGGGGUUACAGAUGAAAGCUUUUCAAAAAAUUAUGAGCUGUGGAAGAAAAGGGUAUCAUAUUACAAGACAGUAAACAAACUACUAGGAACCGGGAGAUACCGUAAUCUUUUGGAUAUGAAUGCUUAUUUGGGUGGAUUUGCUGCUGCACUAAUUGAGGACCCUGUUUGGGUUAUGAAUGUGGUUCCUGUUCAGGCUAAGGUUGACACACUUGGAUCAAUAUAUGAACGCGGGUUGAUUGGAAUAUAUCAUGACUGGUGUGAACCAAUGUCUACUUAUCCUAGAACUUAUGAUCUAAUUCAUGCUGAUUCAGUGUUCAGUCUUUACAGUAACAGAUGUGAGUUGGAAGACAUUCUGUUAGAAAUGGAUAGGAUUGUUCGACCCGAAGGAUGUGUUAUCAUACGAGAUGACGUUGAUAUGUUGGUCAGAGUAAAGAGCAUUGUGAAUGGAUUGGAAUGGGACAGUAUAAUUGUAGACCAUGAAGAUGGGCAUCUUGAGAAGGAGAAAGUUCUAUUUGCUGUGAAGAAGUAUUGGACGGAAAAUUAAUUAUUUGUUGUAUUGAUUUUUUGCUUUUAGUUUCCUUUUUUAACUUUUUUAAAUUUUUUUUUUUUUUCCUUUUUACUUAUAGUUUUUGGAAAGGUAGGGGUACAUGCGAGCACUUUUUUUGCAAUGCAAAAUAUAACUGUGAAAAGUGCAACUUCUAGGUAUGGUUGUGUUAUAAUUGAAGCUCACUUUUAUAAGAUCUAUAAAUACUCCUUGAUGGAAAUUUAGAAAGGGUAUAACUCUCAAAUGAGUGAUUUGAUCAUUGAAAACACUUAAGCAUGUGAAUCUAGUGUCUGUCAUAGCGUCGGGUGCCACUAAAUCACUACCUUAGCAAAUAGCUCCAGGGCUAUGGGCGUUGAGCAUCACCCAAUUACCGCUGGGCGCUCCUUUGACAAAGAGCUCCAAAAGGAGAUUGCGUUGGACACUGACGAAGAGGCGCUGGGUGCACGAGAGGGACGUUAGGCGCUAGCUAGUCUUGGCGUUGAGAAUUUAUGAGAAUUGGUGGAUGCGAAUGUUUGGUAUGAGAGUCAAAGGAGUGGAAAGGUGGAAACUUCACAUUAUAUUAUUGUAUUGUUAUUUGAGAUUUGGGCUUCUAAUGAAGUGUCAAUCUCGGUCAGAUUUGCAUGUAUUAUAUGUGUUAGUGAGAAACUAUCU